AUUAUAAGGAAGACACAUUUUCCACUUUCUUUGGAGAAAAACUUCCAUGGCUCUCCUUGAUAAUUAUUGGCCACUGGUUCCCACCAUUUUUCUUCUAGUUUUGCUUAAGUUCUUUAUCUUCAAGAAGAAACCAACAAAACCAGAAUUCAAUCUCCCACCAAGCCCUCCAAAACUUCCCAUCAUUGGAAACCUUCACCAGCUCGGAAACAACCCUCACAUCUCUUUCCAUCACUUGGCACAAAAGUAUGGUCCAAUAUUUUACAUGGAAUUAGGUCAAAUCCCAACAGUGAUAAUUUCGUCUGCUAGACUAGCGAAAGAAGCACUGAAAACCCAUGAUCUCGCUUUCGCAAGCCGUCCCAAACUCAUCGCGGCCAAGUACCUCUUCUACAAUUGCACUGACAUGGGUUUCUCACCUUAUGGAGCUUAUUGGAGGUACAUUCGGAAAAUAUGCAUACUUGAGCUACUCAGUGCCAUGAGGGUCCAAUCUUUCAGCUUUGUUAGAGAAGAAGAAGUUGCCCGUCUUGUUCGUCGCCUCGCGGAGCCUUAUCCCCGAACGGUUAACAUGAGCAAGAUGCUAGGGCUUUACGCAAAUGAUGUCGUUUGCAGGGUGUCUUUCAGGAUGGACUUUUCGGAAGGAGGAGACUUUGAUCAGAAGGGCUUCCAAAAGCUGCUUCAGGAGUUUCAGGAGUUGCUAGGAGGACUCAGCGUUGGAGAUUUCUUCCCUUCUAUGGAGUUUGUGCUCAGUUUGACGGGUAUGAAAUCAAGACUUGUGCACACCUUUAAGCGGUUCGAUGAAAUUUUUGAUCAGAUUGUGGCCGUACAUCUCAAUCCCAAGAGAGAAAAAGAGGAGACUAAAAAGGAUCUUGUGGAUGUUUUGCUUGAUAUUCAAAGGAAUGGAUCUGGGGAGAUGCCUCUCACAUUGGAUAAUGUCAAGGCUCUUAUCCUGGACAUGUUUGCUGCAGGAACAGACACAACCUUCAUAGUCCUUGACUGGGGAAUGACGGAGCUCAUUUUGAACCCUAAAGUUUUGGAAAAAGCACAAGCUGAAGUUAGAAGUGUAGUGGGAGAGAGAGAAGUUGUUUUAGAGAGUGAUUUACCUCAACUCAACUACAUGAAAGCAGUCAUCAAAGAGACAUUCAGGUUACAUCCACCAGCUCCAGUUUUACUCCCAAGAGAAUCCCUAGAACAUGUUGUCAUUGAUGGUUACGACAUUCCAAUCAAGACAAGGCUCUUUGUCAAUGCAUGGGCAAUAGGGCGAGACCCCGAAAUCUGGGAAGAGCCAGAAACCUUUAAACCGGAAAGAUUUCUCAAUAGCCUUAUCGAUUUCAAAGGGCAAGAUUUUGAGCUGAUUCCUUUCGGGGCCGGUCGAAGAAUGUGCCCGGCUAUUACGUUUGGUACGGCAGCUGUUGAGCUUGCCUUGGCUCAGCUUCUCCAUAGCUUUGAUUGGGAGCUUCUUCCUGGUGUUACGACCAAGGAUUUGGAUAUGACGGAAGUUUUUGGCAUCACCAUGCACAGAAAAUAUGGCUUGGAUGUCCUUGCUAAACCACGUUUUCCUUGAACUAACUGAAGAAUACUACUGUCCAUUAAAAACUUGUGUACUAUGUAUAUCUCCAUACUCGUGAUAAAAUAUGUAUCCUAUCAAGUCGUUUUUAUGGCAAUAAUUAAAUUCUGGAAUGGUUGUGUAGAGAGUUGCGACUGAUGUAUUCCUCUCUGACGUGGCAAAUUUAGAUUUACUGUGUAUUUUUUCUGUUUUGUUUACUUAGUGGGUAAUUAGUUGUACAACUUGUAUAAUAAAUACCAAAUAAGGAUUGCGGGUAA